AUGGGGAAGAAAACGAAGCUCCCUUUCUUCUCCAAGAACAACAGCGUACAAGCAAAAUCCUCUUGGCCGUGGCCUUCCUGUCACCAGCCGAGAACUCUCUCUUUCAGAAAAGACGACAGCUUGUUGAAGACCAUCAACUCAGCUUAUUUAGAUGCCAUCAUCGAAGCUGAAACACCCGAGCCAUGGUUCUCCAACUCUUCCGAAACAGCAAGCUUCUCAACAGCAUCUGACGAAUCUGGGGGUGAUCCUGUCGAGACUGUCAUUCGGGGUUUAAGGUCAGAGAGGCUGUUUUUUGAGCCCGGAGAGACUAGUUCAAUCUUGGAAGAGGCAAAGCCGGGUAUUGAGCUACCUUUUAAAGACAGUGUGGUCUUGUCAAUGGAUUCUCAAGAUCCGUAUGUUGAUUUCAGGAAGUCCAUGGAAGAAAUGGUAGAAGCUCAGGGGUUAAAACAUAGGGAAGGUCUAGAAGAACUUCUGUGUUGGUAUUUGAGAGCAAAUGGUAAAGGCAAUCAUGGCUACAUCCUUGGUGCCUUCAUUGAUUUAAUUGUAAAACUUGCUAGUUCUUCAACUUGUAUUCCUUCUUGUUCUAAUUGCUCUCACUCUCCUUCUUCUCCUUUAUCUUUUUACACUUCUUCUUCUUCCUCUGAUGAUUCUUCAACAACCACUCCAUGCGUAUCUUCAUUAGAAGCUGAGGAAGAGAUUGACGAUACUCAUUGUUUAUCUUCAUUAUGAGAGGCAGAAAAGGAAAUCAUUAAAGAU